GGCCGGCGGGGCCCGGAAGCGGCGGCGGGUGGUGCUGGAGCGCGGUGAGCGGGGCCGGGCGCGGGAUGCGAGGAGGCGCCGCCGCCGCCCUGCCCCCUGCCCGCUCGCAGCCAGCGCCCGAGGAGGAGGAGGAGCAGCGGGAGGAGCGGCAGCAGCAGUAGGAGCCGCCGCUGCGGUAGCAUGAGCGGGGCAGCCGCUAAGCAAACCCCCGGCGCGGGGUCCACCGCGGAUCCCCCUGCGGAGAACGCGGCGGCUGCAGACCCUGUGCCGGAGUCGCCUCCACCGCUGCUGAGCGUGGAUGUGACGGGUUUGGUGUCGCAGUUUGCGAGGAGCUUCGUGCUGAUCUUUCCCGUGUAUGUGCUGGGCUACCUGGGGCUGAGCUUCAGCUGGGUGCUCAUCGCCCUGUGCGGGCUCUUCUGGAUCCGCAGGCACCGCGGCGGCAAGAGCUCCCGCCUGGGCCGGGCACUCGCCUUCCUGGAGGACGAGGAGGAGGCGGUGCGGCUCAGCGUCUCCUCCGCGGAUCUGCCUGCGUGGGUACAUUUUCCAGACACAGAGAGAGCAGAAUGGCUCAACAAGACUGUAAAACAGAUGUGGCCUUUUAUUUGUCAAUUCAUUGAGAAACUCUUCAGAGAGACCAUAGAACCAGCAGUAAGAGGAGCAAACAACCACCUUAGUACCUUCAGUUUCACAAAGAUUGAUAUUGGUCAUCAGCCUCUGAGGAUAAAUGGUGUAAAGGUGUACACUGAAAAUGUGGACAAAAGGCAGAUCAUUUUGGAUCUUCAAAUCAGUUUUGUUGGAAACUGUGAAAUUGAUUUGGAGAUCAAGAGAUACUUCUGCAGAGCUGGUGUGAAAAGUAUACAGAUCCAUGGCACCAUGAGAGUUAUCCUGGAACCACUCAUUGGAGACAUGCCCCUAAUUGGAGCACUUUCCCUUUUUUUCCUUAGGAAACCUCUUUUGGAAAUUAACUGGACUGGACUGACCAAUCUUCUGGAUGUUCCAGGACUGAAUGGCUUAUCAGAUACAAUAAUAUUGGAUAUAAUAUCCAACUACUUGGUCCUUCCAAACAGAAUUACAGUCCCCCUUGUCAGUGAAGUGCAGAUUGCUCAGCUGCGAUUUCCUAUACCAAAGGGUGUUCUAAGGAUACACUUUAUUGAAGCUCAGGACCUGGAGGGGAAAGAUACUUACCUAAAAGGGAUUGUCAAAGGAAAGUCAGAUCCUUAUGGAAUCAUCCGUGUGGGCAACCAAAUUUUCCAAAGCAAGGUCAUCAAAGAAAAUCUCAAUCCAAAAUGGAAUGAAGUUUAUGAGGCCUUGGUAUAUGAACAUCCAGGACAGGAGCUAGAGAUUGAGCUCUUUGAUGAAGAUCCAGAUAAAGAUGACUUCCUGGGAAGUUUGAUGAUAGAUUUAAUUGAAGUUGAAAAGGAGCGUCUCCUAGAUGAGUGGUUUACUUUGGAUGAAGUGUCCAAAGGAAAGUUGCAUUUAAAACUGGAAUGGCUCACAUUGAUGCCAACUGCUGACAAUCUAGACAAGGUGCUAACAAGCAUUAGAGCUGAUAAAGACCAAGCUAAUGAYGGGCUUUCAUCUGCACUGCUUAUACUGUAUUUGGACUCAGCAAGAAAUCUGCCUAAUAAUCCAUUAGAAUUUAACCCUGAUGGCUUGAAGAAGGCUGCUGUUCAGAAAGCCCUAAAGUCAGGAAAGAAAAUAAACAGCAAUCCCAACCCACUAGUUUUGCUGUCAGUUGGACACAAGGCGCAGGAGAGUAAGAUUAGAUACAAGACCAAUGAACCAGUAUGGGAGGAAAACUUUACUUUCUUUGUACACAAUCCCAAAAGACAAGAUCUUGAAGUUGAGGUGAGGGAUGAACAACACCAAUGUUCUUUGGGGAACUUCAAGCUGCCUCUAAGCCAGUUGCUUGAGAGUGAAGAUUUAACUAUGCAUCAGCGGUUCCAUCUGAGCAACUCCGGUCCCAACAGCACUAUCAACAUGAAGAUUGCACUCAGGGUCCUUUCUCUUGAAAAGCAGGCAAGAUCUCCAGAUCAUCAACACUCAGCCCAAGURAAAAGGCCAUCUGUUUCCAAAGAUGCAAGAAAAUCAUCAUUUAAACCUCAGGUUCCUGUCUCGCCAACAGCUGAUCAAAACAAACCUGUUCCAUCAUCCCCAGUGACUGAUAGUGAUAAAAAGACUGAUUCAUCUGAAAAAAGUCAGCCUGCCAAUGCCAGCCCGCAGUGGGCAGCAGAUCUCAGCCGAAGCUCCUCCAGUCUCCACGCCUCCAACUUCUCAUGCUCUCCCAGCCACCUGUCGGUGAAGGAGCCCACGCCCAGCAUCGCCUCCGACAUCUCCCUGCCCAUCGCCACGCAGGAGCUGCGCCAGAGGCUCCGGCAGCUCGAGAAUGGAACAACUCUGGGGCAGUCUCCAUUAGGACAGAUCCAGCUAACAAUUCGUCAUAGUUCACAAAGAAACAAACUGAUUGUGGUAGUGCAUUCCUGCAGAAAUCUAAUAGCGUUUUCCGAAGAAGGAUCCGAUCCCUAUGUGCGAAUGUAUUUAUUGCCAGAUAAGAGACGAUCGGGAAGAAGAAAAACACAUGUAUCAAAGAAGACAUUAAACCCGGUGUUUGAUCAAAUGUUUGAUUUCAGUGUUUCCCUKCCUGAAGUACAGAGAAGAACACUAGAUGUAGCAGUGAAGAACAGUGGUGGAUUCCUGUCCAAAGAUAAAGGGCUGCUUGGCAAAUUAUUAAUACCUCUGGCAUCUGAAGAACUUGCUAAAGGCUGGACCCAGUGGUAUGAUUUGACAGAAGAUGGUACAAGGCCACAAGGUGCAAGUUAGGCCCAUGGAUACCGGGAAWUCCUCAUGCAUAAUUUUGCCAACCUUUAUAUAUUUUUAACGCGUUGUUUUCACAGAUGUACCAAUAUUAUUUUUAUAGCUUUACUGAUUUAGUUCCUAGACACAUCCCCAAUAAUUUUAUAACACUUGGUCAUUUUAUGUAGACAUAGCCUUCCUCAUUGUUAAACUUCGUAUUUUAUUUUGCUAAACAGUUCUAUGUGUUACUGUAAUGUGCAAUAGUACAGUAAAGUAACUUUUUGUGUUUAAAUUGACCUUUAUGAUGGCUGUACCUAUUAGAAAGUGAAAAGAACAUGUUCUGCUGUUUUCCUGCCUUGUUUUGUAUCUCACUAAGGUAUACUGUACCAUGUAAAUAUAUACUAUUUUUUUAUAAUUCUUUCAUGCUGGUUUGAAUUCAGAAGAAAAUUAGAUAAAGGAGACAGAUAUUUUCUUCUAAAUGCAUGUUAAUUUCUUCAGAGGAAUCUCUUUUGUCUUUGCAGCACAAUGGUCUUAAUCAUUUUGUGAUACUUUGCAAAAAGAAACUGCAGGAMAACAUUUUUACUUUAUUGUGUUUCUGGCCCAAUGGGGCUAGCUUAAAAUGUACAAAAUAUUAACAUUUUAAUAUUUAUAUAUAAAUGUAUUAUUGGGAAAUCAUGCUAUAGAAUAUUAUAAAUAAAAAGGAGAAUUCUAUAAAUAYUGUAUAAAUAGAGGAGGAGGUCCACAAAUCACAGUUUCUAAAUCUGAGUUUUCAUUUAAUGGAGUAAACAUAACAGUACAGUUUAAUUAUACAGGUUCAGUUGGAUUUUGUUAUUUAUUCCUGUACUCUGGAGUACUAGACGUGAUCUUUUAAAGGUAUGAGGACAUGAAUUUUUCUGUAUUAUAAAGAAAAUUUGUAACCACUUUAGACUGUCCUUACCACCAUCUUUCACUGAUUUAUAAGCAGACAAAUCAGCUUGCAAGUUAAGUUCAUAUAGUAGGCAUAUGCACAAGACAUAUGUUAUUUUUAUWAUACAAUACCAUGCUAAAAUAGUGUGUUAUGCGAUACCUUCUGUAAUCCUCAAAUGAACACCAGUAGGUAAGAAAGUGUGAAACUGAAAUGAARCUGACUGUCUUUGACAGUUGCUUCAUUGCUAGUUAGUGUGUUUGGUGCAUGAACAAAAUUACUUCAGUGGUCCAGACAGGUUUCUUGAGAAGUGCUGUCCUUCUCCUGAAGCAUUGCCAUGGGCUGGGCAAAAGGCAGCAGGGACACCAUUAGCACAAACUGAUCCGAGCAGGCAGUAUCUGACGGGAGAGUAUCAGCUCCAACAGCUGAGUUCAUAACUAAUUUUAUGAGUUUUGGGAAGAUUAUUUUGUAUUCAGAACUGAGUUUUCUUUUUCUGGUAAGUUUUUUCAGACUGUUAGAAAAAUGCGCAUUAAGAAUCCAAGGGAACAGUUUGGCUCUUGCAGAGCCACUGUCCUCAUCCUUGGAUAAGUAUGCAAUCAGACAAAGUAUAUUAUUUAGCUAGCAUUCUAGAAGGAAGUCUCAGCCAAGAAAGAAUUUUAAAGCAGAAUGAUAAACUCCUGGAAUUAGCUUUAUUGUAAGAUUACUGACAGAACCUUAACUCUAGAUGUAGAAUUUGCCUACAUUACUAGAUGUACCAAAGUGCCUACCAUGGAUGUAGCUUUUUGUCUUUUUCAAGUCUAAAAAUUUCAGUUUGUCUAAAUUCAAUUUAACAUGAACAUUUGUUACGGAUGUGUGUGACCCACACCAUACACCUCUAUACAGUGAUGGCCUUCUCAUUGCCACGUUUUAUACAAGACAAUUUUAUUAUCAAACAAUCUUACAUUGUAAAUUGUACUGUAACUGCUGUUACUGAGCUGGAAAUUCAGAUUCCUUGUAAGAAAACAUUUCCAUUUGAAGGCUUCACUCUAUAUUGGAAUGUGUGAGUAGCUAUAUAUUCACUCAUCUCACACAAAAUACUAUAUAUUAUAAAAURCAUACUUUCUUUGCUAGUUCUCCAUUAAAAUAUUAAGAAUGGAAAGACAGGGAAUUGUUCUUAAUGCAAUGAAAAUGCAGAAACCAAAUGCAAAUCUGAAUAAAUGAAGUCUAAGAGUAGCAGUUCAACAUAAUUGUCUUUUGCCUUGGUUCAGCCUGAGGUGGAAGGAUUUUUCUCCACAUUUUGGCCAGUGACUGCCRGUGGAGUUUGAUCUGCAGCCAAAAAUAGGGUGUUAACUGAUUCAGUGUUUGAAGUCUUAAGUGAAGUCUUAAGGGGACAGAAAACUGCACUUGAACAAAAAAACAUUCUGUCUUUCAAAGUUCCAUGGUGGAAAAUAAGCCAUGUUCAGGCAAAUGUGAGAGGAUAGCACAAAGUGAGUAAUUGAAUAAAUAUAGGGCAGUUUUCCAAAAYAGCUCACUACCUAACAUUAGGGAUUGGUUCUUAGAGAUCCCAUUUUCCAUUUAGGAAUCUGAAAUGAAGAGAUUGAAGUGUCAUUGCAAUUCAGCGACAAUAAUUCCCAUAGUCUGUAAUCAGUUCUGGAUGCCAGAUCAUCAGACACAUUCUCCUGAGUGAAUUUGGAUCAGACUGUGAGUGCCUAGAUGAGAUUGAUUAUUGGAUGCAACUUUUGUAUUACCAAAUUCCAGUUGUUCCAUUUAUAUGGAAGUAGGAAGGACAGUUUUGCCUCUGGGCAAAAAUUGCACCUCAUUAUCAAGUCAUUUAUUYAAUAUCAACUGAUAGCUUUUCAUGUAGUUCUUGUUUAUCCUGUGCCUUAAAAUAUGAACAUAUGAAGAUGUUUAAGAAAUGGUUAAAAAUAAGCUUUGUUACCUGUAUGUACCAACACAUGUUCUGUACUAUUGAAACUGUUUUUAGAAUUACUCUGCUUCACUGACAAGAAAACCAGCUUUCUUAACUAUAGCAGUGGUAUAACUCGAACUCAAAUCAGCAUGCAUAUCACUUGGAGGUGGACUUAAAAGAGUUUUAAUUUACUGUCUUGAAUCCUUUAUCAGAGCUGCAGCAAAUGGCAAGAGUUGAAAUGAGAACAAAGGGUAAUCAAUUUUGUACAGAUUGCCUUUUUUGCUCAUGUAAUUCUACAUUAUGAUGCAUGUAUUUAUUCAAUAAAUGGUUCGUAUGGAAGUCAGUGUGUUGCUUCCCUUUGCACACACAUCCCUUCUCUCUUGCAUAUCCUUGUUCUACCUCGUAAUACAACGAAGUAAAUUUUAUAAAUCGUCCUGUGUACAGACUCCUAUAACCUAGGGAGCCUUGCUGUAAGGUCUGCAGGCAGAUUUUUGGGUCUUACAUGAGAGAAAGCAGAGUGAGAGGUGCAGGAUACUUGAUGGGGAUUUCUAU